AUCGACUCUUUUACCAGUCCUCGUUGUGGUGCAGAAGUUCUGGAGAACUGAAGAAGAGAAUUAAUGAUAAAAUAAAGAUGAAGGUUUAUGUGGAUUUAAUGUCACAGCCGUGCAGAGCUGUCCUGAUAUUUCUGAUUCAUAAUAAAAUUCCUCAUACAACACAAACCGUUCUGCUGCAUAAAGGACAACACAGAAGUGCAGAAUUUAGGAAGUUGAACCCAAUGCAGAAGGUUCCUGUGUUGGAAGACGAUGGCUUCAUACUGACUGAAAGUGAUGCCAUCUUAAAGUACCUGGCAACAGUGUACCCGGUACCUGCCCACUGGUAUCCAUACCAACCACAGAUGAGAGCCAGAGUGGAUGAGUACACGGCCUGGCAUCACACAAACACCCGCCUUCAUGCCUCCAGAGUCUUUAUCACAGAGGUAUUGGUACCCCGGAUGAAAGGUGAACCAGUGGAUGGUGCUAAACUACAGCGAGCUCUGAAAGAUCUGGAUGAAACGCUGGAGAAACUGGAAACCAUGUUCCUUAAGGAGCAGAACUUCCUGUGUGGUGAUGACAUCACUGUGGCUGAUCUGCUCGCUGUCUGUGAGCUGAUGCAGCCGUUGGGUGGAGGUCGAGAUGUUUUGCAGAAUCGGCCGAGGUUACAGCAGUGGAGAACCCGGGUUCAGUCUGCAGCUGAAGAAUCGUUCCAUCAAAUUCACUCACUACUGUACAAACUGAGAGAUAAACACACCAGCAAACUGUAAUACACAACCAUUAUAUAAACACACACACACUGUGCUGUAAUACAGUACUGUAGAUCAUUGAUUCACGUGUGUGUGUGUUUAUAAAGAUUAAUAAUGUAAUUCUGAUCUGAUUUCAGCAGGUUUGGUCAGUAUGUGUGUUAAACUGAUCUGAUGGUAAUGUGCAGGGAGAGAACAUGUCAGUGUAUUAGAGCUGAUACUUCUGUACUUAUUUCACAGAGGUAAAAUAGGUUGUAAUUAAGUUGUUAUUUGUAAUAAAUGAAAUGACGUAAAAGAAGAA